CUAAGAGUGAACUAGACUUGCUGGCCGUUGUGGUUAUUUGUAGUAUGGCAUGUGCACCAUCGAAGAAAUUCAAAUGUGGUCGUGAAGGCUGCACACUCAGCUUCUCUCGCGCUCACGAAGUGGCAAGGCACAGGCGGACGCAUACACGCGCGUCGAUUGUCGUACCCCCUCCAGAUUCGGCGGACAGUGCUAAGACAGGUGGUGAGACGGGUCAACCGGCCAAUAACGUUGUUCAACAGGAGAUGUUUUUGCCCAACCCGGCCGUGCAAAUCCAUGGAGCUGGGCUGCCGAUGAACACAACAAGCAACAACAUGCAACUCUAUGAUAUGCCGAAACCUUUCGGUGGCGACGAUGCGGGUUCGAUUCGUAUUAUAACUGGCAAUAUAUAUCAGGACUUCGAAUUUUUACAACGUUUAGAUCUCAAAUCCAUCCCUUUGACUCCCCCUCGCAAUGCUCUUGGGAUGGAGGAGAUGCAUCCCUACACGGCCGACGUCUUCGUCACACCACCGGUGCCAGGCGGUAUGGGCACGGCAGCAGCAGAACUUGACUUGCUGGAAGCAUCAGCGCCCAUGGAUGUCGGACCUUUCAAUAUCACUGAUGGCGCAGAUGAGGACGCCAUCCUCCAACAUCUGACCCAUUCAGGGCCACAGUCCGAGUCACAAUUGUCCGAGUCACAAUCAUAUUCUUAUCGACAAUUACAACUUGCUCAAUCAUCAUUCUUGCAAGAUCAAACAAGCUCUUUAGUCAGAAGUAGCGGGCACAUAACGCAGACAUCACCUCAAUGCCGGAAUCUGGGAAGUGACAUGGCUGGUGCACCAGUUGAUGGUGGGAAUGACGAUACGUUCCCAAGAUUCCCAUCCGUUCCAUUAUUGUCAGGGUCAAAAGUUUCUCUGCCGGAUGAUCAGGUAGCAAUGGGCUCAUUAGCUACCACCAACCCGCCUUCCGGGUCUGCUGGUGCUGAUGCCACCAUAAGCCCUAACCAGAAGCACCAGCAGCACCAGCAGCAGCUGCAGCAGCAACAGUACACUAUGACCGCUGGUGUAGUGGGACAAGAAGAUGCCACAGCUUCAAUUGCAAAUAUUUCCAUGGUGCAUGGGGCCGGCUGGCAUGAGUUUCCCUCGACUCACGGGAUUGGGUAUUCACAUGGUUCCUCGGGGAUGACGACGCCACCAGUCAAUACGGUGCCAGCUACUGACAAUCACGAAGAAGAGAUUUGCAGCGUGAGACUGUCAUCGAGUGGUGGAUCUAUACCAUGGAAGCAACGGCCAUUGAACCAUGUAUGUGAUUAUGGGGACUGCACUCGCCGCUUCCGAAGCAGUUUCGACGUGACCCGGCACAUGCGUACACAUACAGGUGAAAAGCCUUUUCAAUGUGGAAUCUGUCAGCGCGAUUUUACAAGGCUGGUCAGCCUGAACGAGCACAAGGUCACACAUACUCGUAAGAAACCAUACCAGUGUGUGUUGUGCCCUAAAAGAUUUGGUUGGCAGCGGAGUAUGCGUCGACACAUGAAGGUUCACCAACAGCGAGAAUCAAGACCAACCCCAGGCGUGCAUCACGGAGACUCUCCGGGACGUGUCGGUACACCUUCCGUUUCAAACAUGGUGAGCUUGGCAUCACUUUCAGUAAUAAAUGCAACUGGACAGUCAUCUCAAGCAGUCACUGCGUCCCCUAUUAGUGCAGCCUCCGUUGCGUCUUCGAAUAGCACUGCUGCAUCGACGGGCACCACCACCUCCGUCGACGCACAGCAACAGUUAACCAUGGCAGGCGCAUCCACGGUACAGCAACAGCAACAGAUACAUUAUCUGCAGCAACAGCAACCAGAACACCAGCAGUAGCAACCCCAGGUAUUUAUAUGUGGUCAUGAACGCGUGAAGGACGGACAAUAUCGAGGUCGUGCUGGUAUGACUUCGCUUUCAAACAUGGCUAACAGACCAUCACUUUCGAUGCGGAAUGCGGCUGAACAGUUCUCUGUCACAUCCAAUGCCCCAGCGGUUAGUGCAGCUUCAGCCAUGUAGUCUCACAGAACUUCUACUCCGACGACACUCGCCAGACCCGCCUCCAUGCAGCAACAAGUAACCAUGGCAGGCCCAUCCAUGCGAAACGUACGUACGGCUGCAUCAGCAGCGGCAACAUCACCUCCAGAAAAUGGAGUCCGAACAUCAGCAGCAGAACCCCCAACACCACCGCCAACGGCACCUGGUUAUAAAUCUAGAAGAGAGGAGUGGAUGACUGGUGAAAUGGAAAAAAACUUCCUGGUUCAUCAGCAGGCACCAAUGGUUCAACACCAUCAAAGUAUUCUUCUAUUCUUACAUUUAGAAUGGCCCUACCUCCACAGGUAAAGGUGCUGGACGUCUUAAGUGGCAAACGCAUGUGUUUCUGUAAACUGUAGAGUUAAGUUUGCCUGAUAUGCUACUGCAGUGUGCUGGUGCAGCUCCAGGGUUUUGCGUAGCAUAGACUACUAUGCCAACACCUUGCCAUAUCCACUGUAUCAAUCGAGUCUGUGUCAAAUCACACUUUGUCUCUUACAUGCGGAUAAAUUCCUAACGCUGACAUCACCUACAUGUACAUGGUUUGAUGUACAUGUAUAGGUGUUCACUGUCUCCUGUCUACUGGAUUGCUGUCUGAUGCAUGUCUACAUUGUAUGUCGUUGGCUUGGCUAAAGAAACUGCACCAGCAGAUCUCUGUCUGCAUUCACUCGUGCAUCAUACAAGAUGCCUCAAUCUGUUACGUUCUAGUCCAGAAGCCUAUUAACUAUUCUUCUCAUGUCUUGUGCAAGCCAUACCUAGUAAGAGGCUGACGUUACAUGUACUUGCAUAGCAUUUUGACAAGAGUAUAAUCACGUAUAUUGCGCCUA